AUGCACCCCAAUCUCUCCCUCACCACCUCAUUCCCAUCGACUUCGCCCAACAACCGCUCAACUACAUCCCCCGUCUCCUCCGCAUCCCCAUCGGCAUCCUCCCCAUUCAGCUUCCGCCUCUUCCACCCCAAUCGCGGCGCCAGCCCCAGCAGCAGCGGAAGCAUAAGCAUAAGCGCAAACACCAGCCGAAGCCGCAGCACAAGUCCCCUCCGUCUCUCUGCGCUCUUUCUCCGCCGGCGCCCCUCAAAAGUCGACCUGGCGCUCAGCGAAGAACGCACCCGGUGCGACGGCGACGCCAUCGAGCGCCAGGGGCUGGAUCUCAUGGAGCCGAGACCCGUUGAUCCGGUCGAUUACCGCGUGCCCAUGGAUGGGAGUAUUUUUGCGUCUUCUGCGUUCCCGCAGGCGCUUGACGCCGUCCGGGGCAGGUCGUCCUUGCAGAGUCAGCUUCAGACCCACCCGUAUGAUUCUCAGAGGGGAUUUGUUCGGCCGCGGUUUGUGAUGGGGGGUAUUUUUGAGGUUAUGGAGGGGAGGGAUUAA